AUGUUAAAGUGGGUUCAAUCCGGUCUUUCCGCUGUCGCAGGAACUGCAGAACCAGAAUAUGGUAGAGAAGCUAUCCAUCCUAUCACAAAUACUAUCACCGACAAGAGCAAGUGCUACAGAGAAACCACCAUUGAAGAUUUUGGGUGGAAACAACCCACUUCGACCAAUGUCGAAACUCAGACGUUCUAUUUUACGUGUUUGAAGACUGGGUACCUUGGAUUUGCCCAGGUGAUUCACUCAAACGUUAUGGGGGUGCAUACGACGGCGCAGUUCACGUUCAGGUUCUUCAACUUCAAGGGCAAAUAUGAGGACAACUUGUGGACUUCGACCAAGUUAGAGGACUUCAGAUGCGAAGGGUCGAAUUUCUACGCCAAUGGAUUGUCGAUCGAGUUGGAUAAGGACAACAAGCUGUACACGGUCAAGUCGUCGGUCAACAAGGACUCGGUGGUUGACUUGACCAUGGUCAAGUUGGUUCCGGGGGUUAUUUUUGGUGACAAUGGUACCACGUACUAUGGGGACGAUUUAGAAAAUCCAUGGGGAUCGAUGCGUCAUUUGUUCUGGCCUAGAUGUUCCGUGACCGGUACCGUGAAGUCGGGUGACAAGGUAUUUGAGAUUGAAGGCUACACGAUGUUUGUGAUGGCUUUGCAAGGUAUGAAGCCUCAUCACGCCGCCAAGGCAUGGAACUUUUUGGACUUCCAGUCCGAAUCACACAGUGCCGUGCAAAUGGAGUUCACUACCCCUAUGUCGUAUGCUAACACCAAGGUCAACAUUGCCAUUUUGACUUCCAAUGAUAAGAUUUUAUCGUGCUCGAUUAACAAUGAAGUUGUGCAUGAAAACCCCGAAAUCGAUGAAACCGGAUGGCCUGUUCCAAAAGCUAUUACCUUCAACUUUGAUGGCUUAAGUGACGAUAACAAGAAGGUCGUUGGUAAGGUCCACGGUGAUUUAAUUACUUUGGUUGAGAGAGUUGAUGUUAUGGCUGAAAUUCCUCAAUUUAUCAAGAACAUUGCUAGUGGUGUUUCUGGAACAAAGCCUUAUAUUUAUCAAUUUUGCAAUGAUAUGGAAAUUGAAAUCGAUGGUGUUAAGGAAAGCGGUGUGGGGUUCAACGAAGCUACGUUUAUUUCUGAAUAA